AUGACACCAAUUAAGCAACGGUCAAUAAUAUUUCUCCAAGAUCCCAGCUACAUUGAGUUGUUUGUUAAAUCAAUUGAACAAGAUGACCGAGAUAUCACAAUACCUGCUAGCACAAAAUUCAAGGUGAGCAGGCAAGAAAAGAUUACUAUUCCCUAUAGUGAGAUAGAUGACAGAAUGGCGGAUUUGUUUGAGAAGGUACAGCUAAUGGACGUUAGAUUCAGUGAAAACCUUCGAGGAUGUAAGGAUUCACCUGGAGAGACAGGCCAGACAAUCUUCAAUGAUUUUGAGAACAUGAAUGAACUGGGGCUAAGCAUAGAAGUGGCACCACAGACGGCAGAUAGCUUUGAGCAGUACAAAUAUCUAUCUGAAUUGACAAUUGACCAAGUAAUGAGAAUGUUAAGAAUUCAGGAUGACAAUUCUUUGAUCUUUUUUCAGGAAUGGUUCAAGAAGAAUGUGUUCCGUAUAGAAGAUCAAGGAUGUUCAAAUAUAGCUCAAAUGAUUGCAUUGAGGCUAUGGAAUGCUCUGCUGAAGAGAAAUGUUGAAUUGCCCGUAAGAUUACCAGAUUUGGAAACAUUAAGUGGAGUUGAAUUGGUGCUAGGGGGUAAGGACAAACAGGAGGCGUCACUUUUUCUUUAUUGGCAAACUGUCAAUAGACCUACCAUCAUAUCAAAAAAGUACGUGAGACAAGAAACUGCGGAAUUGGAGUCCGAGUUGGCGAUAUUUUAUUCGACGUCCAAAGAGUCAUGGGACUACAACCCCCCACUUUCCGGAUUAAGAAUGAAAAUCGAUAAAGAAAAGUACACCGACGAUAACAAAAUGUUAAAGUUUGUUCCUACGAUGGUUUAUGCUUCACCUACUCAUAAUACCUUGUACGGGUAUCAGAGCAAACAUGAGCUUCUACACCCAAUUGGAAUGCAUCCCACGUAUAAAAUAAGUAUUUUGAACGGAGAUGCCAAGUUCCCAUUCGAACCACUGCAAAGUCAUGGAGAAGGGUCUUGCUCCCUCAUGUUUCAACUGGACGUACCAAAACAGAUCAUACUAGACAAAUAUCAAUUGGAGCACUUGAAAGGCAAGAGUUUUAUAGAUUUCCAUGUGCAUAAUGGAGGGAUGAAUUUAGAAUUACCCGACUAUCGAAUAGAAGAAUGGGGAGGUUCGUUAACGGCAGAGCUUGACGAAAGUUAUAUCACGAGCCACAACGAAAGCUUCGAGAUCCCUUUGCAUCUUAGAUAUGGGAAACCAUUGGGAUCAUAUGAAGAGUUUUCGAUGCCUAAGGGUGAACUCUACUGGCAAUGCCAAAUGAAGGAUGCAAACCAAAUCGUGGAAGCAGAAGAGUCUUUUUACAAUGAGAAGAAUAGACUUGGAAUAGAUAAGUUUGGCCAGAAUAUGAUGUUUUAUCACGUGCAGGAUAUGGAAAGUUCGUGCUCAAAUAGCCUACAGUUAAAAAUACCUACAGCCGAUCUCAAAGAUGCGUACAGUAAUGAGUUAUGGACAUUGAUAUUUGUCAUUGCAGGAACACUUUACAUAAUUGUGGCCACGGUGAGAAAAUAA